CGGGUGGGUGCGUGGCUCCCGGGCUUCUCCCGCGGCUCCUCCUGCUCCCGGCGCUUGGCUGCGGCUCGCGGGGCUCCCGGGCGUGCAGCGGCGUCGCGGCCGCCCGUGGGCGGCGGUAGCGGAGCCCGGAAAGACGCGCUGUGGGCUUGGCGGCGGGCGCGGCUGCCCCGGGCGCCCCGGGGCAUCCCAGCCCGGCCUGGCGGGUUCAGGACGGCCCCUCCGUCCCCCAGCUCGCAGGAGACGCACAGAGAAAUAAAAUGCUCGGUAACACGCACUGACGGUGUCCAUAGGCGAGGCGUCGGCAUAGAGCAGUGCUAAGCAUGGAGGGAGAAGAGGAGGGAGAGGAGGAGGAAGACUAUAUGUCCGAUUUAUUUAUUAAACAGGAUGUCAGGCCAGGCUUGCCCAUGGUGAGGCGGGUGAAGGAAGCUAUUCAGAAAGAAGAAAAGCAAAAAGAAGCCAAUGAGAAGAACAGACAAAAAAGCAUAAAAGAAGAAGAAAAAGAGAGACGUGACUUGGUACUGAAAAGUGCAUUGGGCAGUGAGAACAAAGGCUUUGCUUUGCUCCAGAAGAUGGGCUACAAGAGCGGCCAGGCCCUUGGCAAAAGUGGAGAAGGCAUUGUUGAACCUAUUCCUCUGAACAUAAAAGCAGGUAGAAGUGGGCUUGGUCAUGAGGAAUUAAAAAAGCGAAAAGCUGAAGAAAAACUGGAAAACUAUAGACAAAAACUCCAUAUGAAAAAACAAGCAAAUGAACAAGCUGCGGAUCAGUUCAGAAUAAGAUUCAAAACCAAACAAGAAGAACGUAAGAUGGAAGGGGACCUGCGAAAAAGCCAGAGGGCCUGCCAGCAAUUAGAUGCGCAAAAAGAUAUUGAUAUGCCUAAGGAGGCUUGGUUUUGGAUAGAACCUGAAGAGGAAGACAAAAAGGAUGAGGAAGACAAGGAAGAUGAAUGCACAAGCGCAGACUUAAGUGUAUCAGAAAAGCUACACAUCCUGACAGCCUAUUUGAGAGAGGAGCACUUCUAUUGCAUUUGGUGUGGAACAACCUAUGAAGACUCUGAAGAUUUAUCUUCAAACUGUCCUGGAGACAGUGCUGCAGAUCACGACUAAAGCCAGUCUAAAUGAAGAAGCCCUAGAUAAAAGUGCCCUGUCUUGCAGCUGGCAGACAUGAAUGCUGAUGUGGCCAAGGAAAAGACACACCCCAAGUCUUGUUUCUAACAUCUGCUGUCAUUUCAUCGACUGUAAUAAAUUCAUCAAACUCUGGAUUUAAACACAGUGCAAAAGGACAUUUAAUAAGAAUAAUUUCUAAGUUCCUUCUCUUUAUCAACAGACUUAAGAAGGUCAAGUAAAUGAGAUAUAGUGAUUCUUGCUGAAGGGUCCGUUGAAAGCAUCUUUUUGAUUAUGGGUGCCUGCAAAAAAAAUUAAAUGUCAAUAGAUUUUUUUUUUAAGUUAGUACAGUACUCAAAAAGUAUAUUAAAAUGUCAUACCUCUAUUGAAAAAUGGUUGUUGAAGCACUCUGGAAGGUCACCUUUUCUCACAGAAGGCCAUAUCUGAAAUUAAUAAAAGAGAAUACUUCUGGUA